UGCGGCAACACAAUCUAUAAGUCGAAAUUUUUUGUUUUCGUUAUGUAACAUAACCUACGAACUUUGGCACCUAGACCACGCAUGCGCGUUCGUGCGCGGAACGAAGGUAGGGUACACCUUCCCGAAAAUUAAUUUUUAUAAAAAUUCAUGUUUACUGUACAUAAACACUGUGGUAAUUUCCUUGAGAUAAACCAGAAAUGGGAUAAUCAUCGAGUUCGUCAGUUCCAAAUCGAACAACAUGCUCGUACGAAAAUUGUGAGGUUAUCUUCCAUGUAACACCGAAAAAAAGCACAAAUUCAUAAAAUCACGAUGGUGCUACCUUUGGUCGAGUACGGCAAGGACCUUUGCCAGAAACUCACUCAAAUCAAACUUUCUCGAAUCGUAAUAAUGGUCUUUAUUAUCCUAAUCUUAACACCACUCUUCACGCAUUUCUACUUAUCGAAUAUAGAAAGAAGCUCAAGUCAUAUCACGCAUAGUGCACACUCACAUAUCGACCUGCCCGAAGACUUCAACGCUAUGAAAGAAACAGACUUGCGGGUGGGCGUCGAGGAGCUGCUGCGAAUCAAAGGCUCCGUUUUGAGCGAAUUGCGAGACAUGGAACGCAAACGACAAAAGCUGCUUCUCGAGAUUCAAACGUACACGAAAAACAUCGAGGAGUUGAAGCAGGAGUUGGUGCACCAACAGACGAAUCUAAAUCGCUUGAAGAUUUCAGUGGAGCAGGCACAAGUCGCUCAACGCGAAGCUCUGCAGCAGAAUACCCCAGAUUUGGCGCUCCCGAAAAGACUGACAGUUGACGAAUAUCCGCCGGUUUUGCCGUCGCUACCUCCGUCUUUGACGAAAUUCUGCCAAAUGUUUUCCUGCUUUGACCACUCGAGGUGCUCUCUGACUUCUGGUUUUCCAGUGUAUUUGUAUGACCCGGAUCAAUUUCCGGUAAUGAACGAUGGCUGGGACGUGGACGGUUUUCUCAAAACCACGUUAAAACAGACGCUGGGGUAUAACCCUCAUUUGACUAAUGAUCCAAAGGAGGCGUGCAUUUUCAUCGUUUUGGUCGGGGAGGCGCUGAAGGACGUAGACGACGUCAGCGAAAAUGUGGGUAACCAUUUGAAUUUGCCACCUUUGGAUUCUAAUGCUUUGAAACGGCUACCGUAUUGGGGGGGCGACGGAAGGAAUCACGUGCUGCUGAAUUUGGCUCGGAGAGACCUCACAGCCACCUCUGGAGAUAUUUUCUCAUCAGUGGACACAGGUAGAGCCAUCUUGGUGCAGUCGACGUUUUCGGCGAGAGCAUUCAGGGCCGGCUUCGACUUGAUCGUAUCGCCGGUUUUGGGUCCUCCGGGGGGCGACGUCUGGCAGGAGUGCCCUCAAAUGUUACCCGCACGUCGCAAAUAUUUAUUAUCUUUCCAAGGCGAAAUGAAAAAUAAAGAAAUUGUGACCCAUCCAUCGAAUAUUGAUGACUCUGAUCUGUACAAGGAACACACAGAGUUGGGUAAAUUCAUAAUCGAGCAUUUGAAGGACUUGGCGAAAACGGAUACCGCUGACAAAUUUCUUUUUGAGUUUGAGUGUGUCCCGGCCAGCGACGAUAAUAUAAACACGGGGCCUCAAGAUUGGGCCCUCUGUGGUACCGAUAGCUCUCGCAGAACCGUACUAAAGGAUUCCACCUACGCACUUAUUUUCGCUCCCACUUACACAGAUCUUAUUACUACAACUUUACUGCAGGCCCGUAUUUACGAAGCUCUACGUUCUGGAGCCAUCCCUGUGAUUCUAGGAGGUGAUCAGAUACGUUUGGCGUACGAUGAAGUGAUUCAGUGGCGUAGACUGGCCAUAUUUCUACCCAGAGCGAGAGUGACUGAAUUACAUUUUCUUCUUAGAGCUAUACCAGACGAGGACGUUCUGUUAAUGCGACGUCAGGGUCGUUUGGUGUGGGAAAGAUAUUUAGCUUCUGUGCAGAGUACUUUAGAUACGAUUGUGGCAGUACUCAGGGACAGAUUAAAUAUUCCUCCCUUGCCAGUGGAUACAGUGGCGGCGUUAUCUGUUUUCAACGAAACUUUCCAACCUAUUCAGGUCACAGUACCCGUGGAAACAGAGCAAGAGGAAAGUUUGGGGCCUUUAGAGCCCCCUUACAACAGUCCGGCGUUUAGGAGGAACUACAGUUUGGCGCUGACGCAAGGCCACGAACUGUGGAACGACUGGGGAGACCCCUUUAGAUUGUAUCCGGCCCUUCCGACCGAUCCUCUCCUACCCUCCGACGCCAAAUUUCUCGGGUCCGGCCGCGGUUUUCGCCCCAUCGGCCAAGGCCAAGGGGGCGCCGGCAAAGAGUUCUCCGAAGCCUUGGGCGGCAACAAUCCCCGCGAGCAGUUCACCGUUCUCCUGUUAACCUACGAACGAGAGCAAGUUCUCCUCGACUCGAUAGGGCGCCUCCGUGGCCUACCCUACCUUAAUUCGGUGGUGGUCGUCUGGAACUCCCCGCGCCCCCCCAGCCCCGAGUUGAAGUGGCCCGACAUCGGAGCUCCCGUGCACGUGGUCAAAGCGGCCCGGAAUUCCCUCAACAAUAGGUUCCUGCCGCUCGACAACCUCCAAACCGAGGCCAUCUUGUCGGUGGACGAUGACGCGCACCUCCGACACGACGAGAUCCUUUUCGGGUUCCGGGUGUGGCGCGAGCACAGGGAGCGGAUCGUGGGCUUCCCGGGCAGGUACCACGCCUGGGACGUGAACACCCAGAGCAGCUGGCUGUAUAACUCGAACUACAGUUGCGAGCUGAGCAUGGUGUUGACGGGGGCGGCGUUCCUGCACCGGCACUAUCUGCACUUGUACUGGAAGUGGCUGCCGCAAGCGAUCAGGGACAAGGUGGACGAGUACAUGAACUGCGAGGACAUCGCUAUGAAUUUUCUGGUGAGCCAUAUCACGCGCUUGCCGCCGGUGAAGGUGACGUCCAGGUGGACGUUUAGGUGUCCGGGCUGUCCGCAGAGUCUCUCGGAGGACGACACGCACUUUCAGGAAAGGCAUAAAUGCAUCAACUUUUUUUCGCAGGUAUUCGGGUAUAUGCCUUUACUCAACACUCAAUACAGGGCCGAUUCGAUCUUGUUCAAGACGCGCAUACCGCACGAUAAACAGAAGUGCUUUAAGUUUAUAUGAACGGCGUAGUGAAUGUGAUUUUGGAAAAUAGAUUGUUGAGGGCUCGACAAUUGAUGUUGCGAUUCGUGGAUUAACGCAACACCCGCUGCUUCAAGGGAGUCGAGAGUUGGGUUUAGAUCAAUCAAUCACAAUGCCGACGAUAUAGUGUGUAUUAAAAUUGUACGUACACGGGCCGGGAGAGUCCACGAGAACUGCCAAAGAUGUCAGCGUCCUAUCCUAAAAAUUUUAUUUUUUAAUUUAUUCAAGUAUUGGACGUCAUAAGACGUGAUGGUUUUAUACAUAUUGUGUGAUAUUAUUUUUUUAUUGUUUACUGGAAGGAUGCAACUUUGUAAGCCUCGUGGAGACCUCCGCCGCUGCCUUCGUGAGGUCGUAUUUAUUGUUAAACUCGACUUGGUUGACAUCAGUUCCUCCGAUGUCGUAGUGUUUUUCGACGUGCCAUUUUUACUAAAUAAUUUUAUACCUUUUAUGUAAAUAGUAACUUAUUCUCUUUUAUCUUUAUGUACAUAAGCAUUUUUUUUUUAAUUAAACACCUGUGUUUACACUUUUUCAUAAAAA